GGAGGUCGCUCUUGUCGACAGCAUCGCCUCGUCGAACGCGGCCUUGCCGACAGCGCUGGGCAGGCUCCUCGACUCUGGGCCUCAUGCCGGUGGACACCAAGCGGGUGCGCGCCCCGGAGGAAUCACAGUCCCCGCUGCUGUUUGUGCGGGUGGAUGCGGGGUCGAAGCCGUGUCCGCUGGUACCACGGGCGGAUGGGCGAGCGGCGGCGGAGCCGAGGCCGGUGUUUGCGCGGGCCGGGCUGGUGAGCCAAGCCGACGGCUCGGUGUAUGCCGAGUGCGGCCGCAGCAAGGUGCUGUGCGCCGUGUACGGGCCCCGCAACGGUGAGCGCAAGGAGGAGCGGCGCCUUAGCGGAGCCACCCUGAGCUGCGAGUUCCGAUUUGCCCCAUUCUCCUGCAAGGAAAGAGCUUCUUGGAUUCAGAGCAACUUAGAAAAGGAGUACUCUUUGAUUCUGGAACAGAGUUUGCAGCCUGCCAUCUGCCUGCAUAAAUACCCCAGGUCUCAGAUUGAGGUGUACGUGGUGGUUCUGGAGAACGACGGCUCCACUCUGGCAGCCGCCCUGACCUGUGCCUCCAUGGCACUGGCAGAGGCAGGCAUUGAGAUGUACGACGUGGUCGUGGGCUGCUCCUUGAGACAGUGUGGUGCCAUCUCCCUGCUGGACCCGACCGUGGCCGAGGAGUUCAAUGCCGCCAGCUGCAGGGGUUUAGAUAACGGCAGCAUGACGGUGGCAUUGCUGCCCACUCUUAACCAGAUCUCCGGACUGGUGUCGAAGGGAGAGUGGGAGGGGCAGACAUCGGUGGAGGCAAUCAAGUGUUGUGUUGAAGGUUGCCAGAAACUCUACUCCGUGGUUCAGCAGUGUCUAACCAAAUCAGUUAAGAGGAAGAUCCCGCAAUUUGUCAAUAAGGCUUAGAUGAACUCUUGUUCAAGGACAUUCCAGUAAAUACUUUUCUUAAUGUGAAAGUUUAAGUUUUUUUUACCAGUAUUUUCUAAAUUUAAAUGAUUUGAAUUAUAAAAUAUACCUUGUUGAAAAUGAUUAACAGUAUUCUCACUCAAUUGAAAAUGACCCGAGUAGAACAGGAUCACUUUCGGACUGGAAACAAGCCUGUUUCCAUUGAGGAUAUUCAUCCAACAUGUCUUAGUAGCUAGCAGAUCCCAGGCAUUCAGCACUGUCUAAUUUCCCAUCUGAGAAAUCUGGCAGUGAAGAACAGAACUAUUUUAUCAUUUCUUCUGCAAGUAUUCUGCCCUUUUCAAUUAAUUGGAAUGCAAGCUAAGACUACAGUGGAAACUGCAGCUCAGCUAAAUGACGCCAUUGCUAGUUCUCUGAUGUGGAUUCGCUGCCCCAGCACAGUGCAGGAGACAGCAGACACUGGAGCAAAAACAAUCAACCUGCUGGAGGAAUUCAGCGAGCCAAGCCAUGGGGAGGUCAAUGUCUCAGGUCAGUCCUGGCCCGAAGUAGUGACUAUCCCUCUGCCUCUACAGAUGCUACCUGAAUUCCUCCUGCACUUUGUUUCAUAGUGAAGAUCAAUCCUUGUAUCGAGAGAGGGAAUGUCUGCUGACUGCUGACUAUGGGUAAACUCAACUGGAUCAGGCUCGAUGUUGUCAGAGAACAUAAGCAUGCAAAAGAGAAUAGUUCCAAAGUAAAAUUUGAUUCUAAGCCAUGCUAAGCAGCUGGAGUGAGUGCAAUUCCUUGCCCUGCUGUAUUAAGAAGGGCUUAAGUAGAGACAGGGCACAGAGGAACAGAAAAAUCAUCAUCCAAUCAUCCCAUUUGCCAGCUUUUGUGUCAAACUUUUUUAACAAAUAAAGGUGACAAAUCCUGAUGACAGUUGCAUCAUUGUACUACAUGU